GGGGAUUCCUGUAAUGGCUGCUAACUUGAAGGUGCUGUCACGUGGAACCUCUUAGACUCAGCAUCCCGAACUGAUAGAAUUAAACAAAUACCGCUUUCUUUGAAACCUUCAGCCUUUAAGAACCAGUCACCUCAAGAUCUCAACAUCAUGAUCUUAGUUUCAACACAAUUGUUCCUAGUCCUCUUUUCAUUGCUUUUGGUGCUGCCUGUUGUUGAAGCAGUAGAAGCCGGAGAUGCAAUCGCUCUCGUUCUCAGUAUUGCAGGCAUUUGUGCUUGUUUGGGGGUAUAUGCACGAAGGAGAAAUGGACAGAUUUGA